CUGUAAAUAUAUUCGAUACAUUACAGAAAUUUCCAGAUUUAACAUAUUUUAAAGAUAUUAAUGAACGUCAACAAGAUGAUCAAAUACGAAAAGCAAUUGGUGAUCUUAUAUCAAAAAAAUUAUCGACAUCUUAUCGAGAAAGAAUCAUUAAAGACACAUGUGAAUUAACCGAGAAUGAAAUACGGAGCAAUUUUCAUGCUGAAUUUGAUGUUCAGCAAAAUGAUUUCGACAAUGAUUUGGAAAAUCUUUUCAAAGUUACGAAUGCGUCUGAUCGUAUCAGAGACAGAUGUAGACAAUUUUUGAAAAGACAAAUAACAGAAAUUUGUAAUGCAUGGUGUACAGCAGCUAUACAAGCACACGAUAAAAAACAGAUGGAAAGUCUUGUACGAGAUGGCUCUGCCGAUCUCCGUAACCUAAUUGGUGAUAUUAUCAAAAGUGGAAAAACUAUGACUAAAGAAAAAGCAAAACAAGUGUUUGAAAGCAUGUGGCAGAGAAAGGUUGAAUCAAUUGAAAAUAAUUUUAAACCAGAAGAACGAUUAAGACAAGCCAUUAAGUUUGUUUAUGGAAAUUAUAAUAUUUUCGAAAAGGAAUCUCUACCAUCUUAUGAGUUCGUACUUAGUCAACUACAAUUCAUUAAUGACUUGAGUAAAGAGCAAAAUCUAAAUGAUGUUAUCACUGGUGUACAGGUUUAUUUUGUUGCCCAAUUGUCUAAAUUAUCGGCAAGUGCUUUGGAAUUGUCUAGAAACAAGUCGGAUACGAAUGUUGUAUACACAUUGGCUACGCUUCAUAAUUUUAAACAUUUGCGUAAGGACAUACUAAAUGAUUUGUAUACAGCAGGUACAACUAUGGAGCAAGAAGCUUCUAGAAUACAAGCAAUGGAUUUAGAUGAACCAGAAGAACAGUCUCAUAAAAAAGGAACAACAAAAUCUUCGAAUACCAAUAUUUUUAAGAGAGCUUGGAAAAUUGGAGCAGCUUUUUUGGGUUUUUCACAAUCAUCAAAAACGACAAAUAAAAGUCCAACGACUAACAAUGCAGCACCAUUACGGUUCGAUUUUAUCAAAGCAGUACAUGAUGCAAUAAUGACAGAAAUGACCAAUAAUCCAAACGCAAAGUCGAAUAUAUUAAAUAUUCCAGAAUUCUUGCAAAAAAUUGUGAAAGAAACAAUAACCAUAGUUCAUGGAAAUGAUCAAGAUCGCCGACUGAUCGAAAUUGAUCUUGUACAAAAAAUUGUCGGGUUGAUUAAUACACAUAUCAACGAGUCUAAUCUAGAAUUAGUUGUUUUUAGUUUAUUAUUAUCAAAACAAGCUAAAUCACUCAUUCAUAUUUUCAUUCUGAUCAUUUUGACAAUAAUUUAUUAUGAUGAACAAAAAACUCACUUUCAUCAUCAACUAUCGAUACUAAAUGAACAACAAUCAUCAUUAUUAACUUAUUUUAUCGGUAUGGUUGUACCUGAUGCAGAUUGCGACAUAGAAGGAGCAAAGCUUUUUGCAAAUAAGGUUCUAAACACUAUUCAAUCGAGUUUAAUGCGUGAUGGACAAAAAAUUAUAGCACGUAUGAUUCAAGCACAAGGAAAUUUGAAUCGAAAACAUAUUCAAACAAUUUGUGAUGGAAAAUUACAUGCUGCAGCAUCAGAAGGCGAUGAAUCACUAGCUGUCGCAUCAAACAAAGGUGAUUAUUUAUCUACAACAUCAGGAAAAGAUUCCUGGUUGUUUCGUUAUAUUGUUGCACCAACUGAUAUUAUCGUUAAAGAGUUCAGAGAAUUAUGGAAAGCAGCUGAAGAAACAAUUAAUCAACAAUUAGCGAAAGAAAAAAAUCAAUGGAGAAAUAAUUUAAUAGAAUUUUUUAAUCGUAUUGAAUUUAUGAUAUCUUUACUUGAAGGCGAAGGCUCAUCUGUACUUUUUAUUGAAGACGUAUUUGAAGCAUCAGGAGGUAUUGCUGCAGAUAAUUUAAAAAAUAAAGGUCAAUGUAUGGCUUUAUUAUUAUGCGCAUAUUUAUCUGGUAACCAAAUCCAAGCAGGAACAUCUUAUAUUGUUUUUGAUAAAAAGUAUACUUUGAAAGACAAAGGAUUAAGAUUAUUUGAUAGAUUACCACCACCAACUCAACAAUUGGCAAACUUAAUAAAAGGCAUGAGUGAUGUUGUUAAAUCUAAUGAUAAUCCAAUGGUAAUUGCUUCGAUAAAAAAUCUGCGUACUUUUCUGAAAAGUAUUAUGGAUGUUAAAAGUGAAGUUGAAAAUUCUUACGAUAAUACUCCAGCCACAUUUGCAACGUUUGAUAAAGAUCAAACUUACAAUAAAUUAUUGGACAGAGCACGUGGUUGUACUUCAAAAUGUCCUUGUUGCCAAAGACCUUGUGAUGUUGAUCAUAGUUUGAUCAAAUCCAAUCCAGGUAUCAAGAUAUUUAUCAAUUUUCUUUUUUUUCACCUCAUUGAGGAAAACUGA